UCCCCGACCGGGAACUCCUCGUGCUCUCUGUCGUUCACCAACAAGCGACACGCGAACAUUGCUAUAGACCAGCUCGCGUUAACCGGUUGUCCGUGGGUCGGGCGGAGGGAGUUGUCUGGACCGGACGGUCUCGUGCAAGCGUCGCUAGUCCAGUAGCAGUCCGGCUCGUGCUCCGGAGGGAUCCGCUCGCCUCACCUCCCGGUUUACCGCGCCCGAGACGCCGUGAUGGUUCGACUCACGGACUCGCGUUCGCUGCAGCUGAAGGAACCGGAGGAGCCGUUCGACCGGGAGUCCGGGAAGUUCGUCUUCAACUAGUUUUUUUAUUUCGCUCCCGUUUCGCACGACAGAAAGCGUCGCGCGCGUCCCGCGAUGCACCGGGCGCGGUGAGGCGCGAGGCACCGCGAAGAAGUUCACCGCGUCGACCUCGAGCGGCGGUUCUUCCUGAACCCAUGAUGGCGAAUAACGAAAGCGACCCGGCCGGGCUGUCAGUGCUGCAGCAGCUCGGUCUGGACCAGAACUCGGACUUCUCGGACAGCGGCGUGCAGCAGCGUCUGGACGAGAGCCGCGAGCAGAUCCGCCGCGACAUCCGCCGGGAGCUGAAGAUCAAGGAGGGCGCCGAGAACCUGCGGCGCGCCACCACCGACAAGAGGAACGUGCAGCAGGUGGCCUCGCAGCUCCGCAGCUCCAACACGCGGCUGGACGCCCUGCACGCACAGCUGCAGGAGCUGGACGCACACAUCGUGGUCCGGGGUCACCACGACGACCAGGACGGGCCGGGCAGGGUCGGCUCUGCCCCGAGGCGGACGACCGGUCAGAAUCGCGUCGCGGCAUUGGAGCGGCAGCUCAACAUCGAGCUGAAGGUCAAACAGGGGGCGGAGAACAUGAUCCCCAUCUACGCCAAUGGAGCCACCAAGGACAAGAAGAUGCUUCAGGCAGCUCAGCAGAUGCUCCAGGACAGUAAGACCAAGAUCGACAUCAUCCGCAUGCAGAUCCGCAAGAGCAUGCAGGCCAGCGAGCAGUCGGAGGAGAACCACGGUAAGCCGGACCUGUGCGGGGUGGAGCUGCGAGUGGAGGAGCUGUGGCACCACUAUCGGGUGGAGCACGCCAUGGCCGAGGGCGCCAAGAACAUGCUCCGCCUCCUGGGUGGGGCCAAGGUCCAGGACAAGAAGGCCCUCGCCGAGGCCCAGUGUGGUCUGAGCGGCUCCUCCCAGCGCCUGGACCUCCUGCGCUCCUCCCUGGAGCAGCGUCUGUCCGGCCUGCCCCAGGACCACCCCAAGGCCUGCCUCAUCAAGGAGCAGCUGCUGCUGUCCUCCUCCCCUGCCUUCAGCUGCCGCCACGGCGCCCCCUACGUCCACAACCAGUACAGCACCCUCAGCAAGCCCUCGCCACUCACUGGUACGCUGCAGGUGCGUCUGCUGGGCUGCGUGGGGCUGCUGGAGGUGGUCCCGGGGCGGAGCCGGGCCACGCCCGUUGUGCUGCCCUCUUAUUCGCUGGGAGACGGCCGCGCCUCCUUCAAGCUGAGCGGCCUCUACAGCCGCAGCGGUAGCAGUAGCAGCCUCAAGUCCCCGGGCAAAACCGAUGAGCUCUCCACGGAGGUGAGCGCGGUGCUGAAGCUGGAGAACUCGGUGGUGGGCCAGACGGCCUGGAGGCCGGUGGGAGAGGAGGCCUGGAGCCAGACCUUCAGCCUGGAGCUGGAGAGGUACCGGGAGAUGGAGAUUGCGGUGUACUGGAGGGACUACCGUUCCCUGUGUGCUCUAAAGUACCUGAAGCUGGAGGACUUCCUGGACAACCAGACGCACCGAGUCCGCCUGGAACUGGAGCCACAGGGGCUGCUGCUGGCUGAGGUGACGUUCUUCAACCCCAUCAUAGAGAGAGGCCCGAAACUACAGAGACAGAAGAAAGUCUUCUCCAAACAGAACGGAAAGGGCUUCCUGCGUGCGCGGCAGAUGAACGUUGACGUGGCGACGUGGGUCCGCCUCCUCAGGAAUGCCAUCCCAAGCGGCACCACGGCAACGUACAACCCCUUCAGCAGCACGGCGGGCACGCACGGUGCCGGGGAGCCCUCCCUGGAGAAGCUGAACAUCGAGAGUGGCUCUCCCCCCAAGUCUGAGCCCAGGAGAGACGUGGUGGACACGCCCCUCACGGAGCAGGUGCCGGUGAUCUCCCCCCCCAGCGUCCAUCCUCCCCAGAAACCUGCUAGAACACACAGCUCAACCAGCAGCUCCAGUCAGGGUCCUCUGUGCCUUCAGGACUUCAAGAUGAUCGCCGUUCUCGGCAGAGGCCAUUUUGGAAAGGUCCUCCUCUCUGAGUACAAGAAGAGCGGCCGCCUGUACGCCAUCAAGGCCCUGAAGAAGGGCGACAUCGUGGCCCGCGACGAGGUGGAGAGCCUGAUGUGUGAGAAGCGUAUCUUCGAGACGGUGACCGACGCGCGGCAGUCCUUCCUGGUCAACCUGUUUGCGUGCUUCCAGACCCCGGAGCACGUGUGCUUCGUCAUGGAGUACACGGCGGGGGGCGACCUCAUGAUGCACAUCCACACCGACGUGUUCCUGGAGCCCCGCGCCAUGUUCUAUUCCGCCUGUGUGGUUCUGGGUCUGCAGUUCCUGCACGACCACAAGAUCGUCUACCGGGAUCUCAAGCUGGAUAAUUUGCUGCUGGACACAGAGGGCUUUGUGAAGAUAGCAGACUUUGGCCUCUGUAAAGAAGGUAUGGGUUUCGGGGACAGGACCAGCACCUUCUGUGGGACCCCUGAGUUCCUGGCCCCGGAGGUCCUGACGGACACGUCGUACACCCGGGCGGUGGACUGGUGGGGGCUGGGGGUCCUGAUAUAUGAGAUGAUGGUGGGAGAGUCGCCGUUCCCCGGUGACGACGAGGAGGAGGUGUUCGACAGCAUCGUGAACGACGAGGUCCGCUACCCCCGCUUCCUGUCCACCGACGCCAUCGCCAUCAUGAGGAGGCUGCUGAGGAGGAACCCAGAGAGACGGCUGGGCUCCGGAGAGAAGGACGCAGAGGACGUGAAGAAACAACCUUUCUUUAAGACCAUGGACUGGGAGGCUCUGCUCCAGCGGCAGCUCGCCCCGCCCUUCGUGCCGGCUCUCAGCGGGAACGCCGACGUCAGUAACUUCGACGAGGAGUUCACCGGGGAGAAGCCGGCGCUCACGCCGCCGCGGGAACGCCGCGUCCUCUCCCGCAAGGACCAGGACACCUUCAGGGACUUCGACUACGUCUCCGGCCUCUGCUGAGGCCCCGCCCGCGGGGGGGGGGGGGCCGAACCUCCACCCAUGUACCGCUGACCAAUCAGACGUUUUGGAGGUGACCACGAUCUUGUGGUCACCUCCAAAACGGAGCCUAUGAAGAAAGCUCUUUCUGAUUGGCUCAGGUGAAGUCACUUGGGGGUUAAUGGGUGUGACUGGCCGCUCAGAAAGUGUGAUUGCAGAAGAUUGACCUCUGAUUGGGACGGUUUGGGGUUUGAUUACAGAGACUGCCUCAAUAUCUCUUGCUCUCUCUCUCGCUUUCUAGCUCUCUCUCUCUCACUCUCUCUCUCUCACACUGUCGCUCUCACUCUCUCUCUCUCUCUCUCUCUCUCCCUAACCCUCUCUCUCUAUCCCUCUCUCUCUUUCAGACAUGGGGUACAGGGGGACUCUCUCGAUUGAUAUCUGAAGAUAAUCCAGAUUAUGUCAUGUGAUGAAGGAUGGGUUGGAAUCUGCCCAGCAUCACGUCUAGGGGAACAUGUGACCCGACUUAAAUUCAUAUCUGAAUGACGCAUAGCAAUAUUAAACAGCGGGACUAUUCACCUCAACCUGUAUCUGAUCAAUAAAUACGGCGGCUCAUCUUCGUUGACUUCUGUUAAAGUCGCACCCUCGCCGCCCUGCUCAGUUGUGCUGUAGUUUUUUUGUGGCCACACGGGGGCGCCAGAGGACAGAAGGAUGAGCAUGGUUGGUGUUCAUUUCGUGUGCUGAUAAUUUCAUUGCGCCUUACAUUAUUAUCCCUUCCCACCGUUUGAUGAUACGUCCAGGAUUUAAUUGUUUUUUAAUCCGCAAUAAUUUCAGAAUGUAAGUAUAAAUAUAAAGGUAAAUGGAGCUUUUAAUCAUUGGGUUUAUAUUUUGAUUUUUUGCCCGCUCCCCUCCCUGUCGUGUAUUCUGUUGCUUCUUGAUCUCUCCCUGGGAGCGUGUCGUAGUAAAGAUGUUGGAAGCUGUG